AUGCUACUUCUGGCCGUGAUCUUAUUCCAAGUCACCUUGAACUCCUGGACUGAUGGACAAUUACAGCCACCGAAAAUUGGUAGCCAAAUACUGUACGCGAAGUUGAAUCGCACCCAGAUGUAUGAUUCGAAAAUCAAAGAGUUUCUAAAAAUUUUCGAUAGCACUACAAUGGGAAUCCCGGCUCAGAGAAGCCGUGCCAAAGCGUUCAUAGCAUCGAUGAGCAAUGCCAAGGUGAAACAAGCUACUCAAAAGGUUUUCGACGACAUGCAGAACAUGCAAGACUUUGUAUGGUUGGCUCUGAAUCUCACGAACGAAGAGCUUGGCCCUCUUCUGGGCAGGCCUAUGAUGCCGCAGGUGAUGCAAAGGCAUUAUCGAUCGGACCUGUAA